AUGUUUCCACAGCAACAAGACUUUGGCAGUCUGUCCGAUAUGGGCGUGGGCGUAAGUAGGCACCUCACCAAACGUUUGGAUGGCACACUUUGCAUGGUGGUCGUGGACCCUGCCACCCGAAAGCUUCUGAUCCCAUGCAACUGCAUAUACCCCACACGGGCACAGCAACGUGCCACAAUUCCAAGCUUGUGCCAGCUCUUUCUUCAAGGUCGGUGCCGCCAAGGCACUCUGUGUCACCAGGUUCAUGCGAACGUGGAUACGGUUGUGGUACUGCGAGGUCACGUGGGGAAUCUUCCGCGGUGUUGCUCAUUUCACGGUGACGAUGACAUCGCUGGUGUGCUGAAUGAGCGCUCAUGGCUUUCAAAGGUGGUGCUAUACAUCCCUGAAGUAAGCUUUGAGGGUGGCUAUGUUCCAUUGAAUCGUCUCAGUUACACUCCGGCUUUGCGACGUGUACUGAAGGAGAAACCGGAUCGUUUGAUGCUAGAGAAUGACGACAAAGAAAUUUGUAGCGGAUCUGAUUUGCGAGCGGAGGGGUCUUUUUUGGUGCUAAAUGCAGGUGAUCAAUCUAUAUGUCGUUUACAUAUUUUUGACCGUUGCCGAUAUGCGGACGACUGCAGAUUUUUGCAUUUGUGCAAGGAAUUGACAAGUUCCUUCUGUACUUCUCAAGGCGCUGGGGACGCCAAGCCAGAUUCCAGGGGCCAACAAAAUAAAUCUGUCUUUACUUCCAUGUCACGGCAGCAGCAGCUUCGAGGGUAUCCACUGCGCUGCUCCAUAAGCGAACCUGUGUCGAACAAUGCGCCUUUACAGAUCUCUUUAUUUGCUUCUAAGAACACGUGGGAGGCAUCGGCGUCGUCAUCAUGGCCUAUGGAUCCCUCACCCAAAAUUUCAGGAGCAACAGCGGCAAGAGGAACAAAGGCCGUAAUGAUGGCUCACUAUAGACGACCAUCAAGUCCUGCCUCAGCGACGCCAAAUGGAAGUUUCUGUGCACCAACUCUGGAGGGUAGUGUGCAGGGUCUGUCGUUUCCAGAGAAUGCGCUUAUUACUGCCUCACACACAUUAGAGACACAAUUACUGGUCGCAGAAAGGUCACUCUCUGGAAAUGCGCAGAAUGCAUCAUCAAGUAUUAAAAAUUUGCCAGCCUUGUUUGAAAGUGAUGUUGAAAUGGACGCUGAUCGCCCACCUUGGGAUGAGGAGCUCUCACCGUCGUCACCAGACGGUGUUUUGGACCUUCCUGCAGUUACGGGUGGAGCUGGUUCGAAGCGCCAUUGGCAGCACAACCCAUACCGUGCUACAUCACUUCCUGCAUGA